CAAGGCUUCUGUGGGGUAAGGCCCCCCUGGCCUCCACUGCAAGUGGUGACUAUAAAAGACUGUCCAUACAUGGCCGCUUUCGGAGAAAGCUUCAAGAUGUAGCCGACUCAGAACGGUCAACCAUGGCAUCCAGCGUUCCCACCAUCCGGCAUGCCCGGCGAGAAGACGUCCCCGCCAUCCUGGAGCUGAUCCGCGAGCUGGCCGACUACGAGCACGAGCUACACAGCGUCGAGGCGACCGAGGCGAAGCUGCUGGAGACGAUCGCGUUCGCCCCGUCUGACUCGCCCCUUGUGGACGUCUCAGCGACGGGGGGCAUCCCGCAGACGGAGCCCACCUCCCCUUCCAGGCCGGCGCGGUGUCUGAUCCUGAUCACGCCUGCGGGCGUCCCCGCCGGCAUCGCGCUGUACUUUUACAACUACAGCACCUGGCGCGCCAAGCCGGGCAUCUACCUCGAGGACCUAUACGUCAAGCAGAGCGAGCGCAAGAACGGCUACGGCAAGCGGCUGCUGGUCGCGCUCGCCAAGGAGGUCGUGGCAAUGCAGGGCGGCCGCCUCGAAUGGAGCGUGCUCAAGUGGAACGAGCCGUCCAUCAAGUUUUAUGAGAGUAUUGGCGCCAGGAUGAUGAGCGAAUGGGUCGGCAUGCGCGUCGAUGGGGAUGGGUUGACCAAGCUAGCGACGCUGCUGGACUGAGCCAUGUAGAUGCAAAGUAUACAAACUAGGCUUCUCUGUGAAUAUCUCGGGGUCCGGGGUCCGUAUCGUUGUCUGAUAUUGCGCCAUACCUCAGCCCUCACUGCGCUUGGUAUUGCAUCGCUCGAACAGUCCUGCCGCGCUCUCUUCAGCGUUUCCCUAUGGCUCCUUGGGCUGUGGACUCCGGACCGGUAGGAAGAUGCUCAAAGAACUCAUCCAUCG